AUGGCUACAGACGAUGCAAUAUUUCAAGAAGACGGAGCAAGUAAACCAGUAAAAAAAAUUAAAGCAGAGCUUGGAAUUGUACCUAUGAAAUGGCCUCCGUAUUCUCCAGACCUUAAAGAGGCUGUUACUGCAGUAUGGAAUAAUGUUGCAUUUGAAACAACUCUUCAGUUUAUAGACUCAAUUCUAGAUAGAGUAAAGGAAGUUAUUAAAAAAAAAGGCUGUGGGAUCAGUUGGUGA